AUGGAAUCUGGAAAAUAUUGUCUUACCAUGGCCGAUAUUUUGGCCGCAAAAGAACGUAUUGCAGAUCAUGCAGUAGUCACACCUUGCAUUGACAGUGAUAACAUUGGCCAUAUGGUUAAUGCCCAAAUUUACUUCAAACUUGAAACGAUGCAGCGCUGCAAGGCAUUCAAAUUCAGGGGCGCCCUGAACAAGCUUCGCACAAUUCCUGAGGGCUCGACUGUUUGCGCUGUUUCUGCCGGUAAUCACUCCCAAGGUGUCGCUCUUGCUGCUUCUCUUUGCAAUUGCAAGGCAACAAUCUUCAUGCCAGAGAAUGCUCCAUCCGCUAAGGUCAAAGCCACACAACACUAUGGCGGCACAGUUAUCCAAACAGGUGCAACAUUCGAUGAUGCAAAGAACGAGAUGUUCAAAGCAUUAGAGCAACACAAAGAUUGGAUCUUUGUCCCACCAUAUAACGACAGAGAGAUCAUUGCAGGCACAGGAACAAUUGGUCUCGAAAUUGCACAACAAAUUCCAAAGGUUCAGACUGUUGUUGUUCCAAUUGGCGGUGGUGGCCUUAUCUCAGGUAUUGCUUAUGCUUUGAAGGCGCUCAAGCCAAAGGUUCGCAUUAUUGGUGUUCAAAUGGCAUCAUGUCCCGCAACAUACAAGAUCUACAACCAAAACAAGAACAAAGCAAUUGAAGGCAUCCGCCAUGAAACACUCACGCCGCUUGCUGAUGGUAUUGCUGUCAAGACACCAGGAGAUCUCAACCUCGCCAUUAUUAAUGACUUAGUUGAUGAAAUUGUCAUUGUCUCUGAAGAUGAAGUUGCCGAAGCAGUCGCUCUUCUCGCAGAACGCUCUAAAGUCAUCUCAGAAGGCGCAGGAGCAACACCACUCGCUGCAGUUUUAUCAAAGAAGUUCAAAUACCAGCCAAACGAAGUCAUCUGCUGCGUAGUUUCUGGUGGAAACAUUCCACUUAGAAUGCUCGCAAGAUGCAUCGACAGAGCUCUUUUCUUAAGACAAAACAGAGUUUCUGUUUCAGUUAUUGUUCCUUAUGGAACAAGCCAUUUCGCAAAACUCGUUAAUGUUCUCGCAAAACAACACGCGGAAAUAGUCUCUUGUAUGUCAGCACCACAUGUUGAUACUGUUGCAAACCAAGAACAAUAUACGAUCAUUAUGGAUGUCGAUGGACCAGACCACCUUAACGAUAUUAAGACAGAAUGCGAGAGUAACGGUUGGUACUUCGAAAUCCAAAGCUGUCAGGCAUAUGAAUCUGACUAA